GGAGGCGGCCGCCUCCGGCUUCUCACCGGGCGCCCGCGCCGUCGGUGGGCUUCGGCUCCUUCCCCUUUGCCACCCUGCGAUCUCGUCCCCCGCGGCCCCGCGGCGAUCCGCGAACCGGGCAGUCGGCGAAGGGCUGGAGCCGCGCGGGCUCCGGGUUGCUGGCCGCCGGGUGGCGGAGCUCCUCCGAGGCUCCUCGGGGGAGAAGCUGCACCCGAGGGAGCCGGAUGGGUCUCGAAACCCCGGCCGUUCUUGCUCGGCACCAUUGCGAGGGGAGCCGUAGAUGGAGCUUUUCUAACGUGGGUUCCUGCCCGGUGCUUUUCCAGUCCCUUACCCCCAGCCGCACAGGAGAGCCUCUGUAGCCAGCGCUUGGCAGUCGUUAGGUUCAGUGUAUCUUUGCCUGCCUACAUCAAUCUGCAAGGGAGUUGCAGAAAAGCCUCAUGUUCAUCGAGCCGAGACGAAACCAGACAGAGGGUCAAGUUUACAGAUGACCGUGUCUGCAAGAGUCACCUUCUGGACUGCUGCCCCCAUGACAUCCUGGCUGGGACGCGCAUGGAUUUAGGAGAAUGUACCAAAAUCCACGACUUGGCCCUCCGAGCAGACUAUGAGAUUGCAAGUAAAGAAAGGGACCUGUUUUUUGAAUUGGAUGCGAUGGAUCAUUUGGAGUCCUUUAUCGCUGAGUGUGAUCGGAGAACUGAGCUUGCCAAGAAGCGGCUGGCAGAGACGCAGGAGGAGAUCAGUGCGGAAGUGUCUGCAAAGGCAGAAAAAGUACAUGAAUUGAAUGAAGAAAUAGGGAAACUUCUUGCUAAAGCUGAGCAGCUAGGAGCCGAAGGGAAUGUGGAUGAAUCCCAGAAGAUUCUUAUGGAAGUGGAGAAAGUCCGCACAAAGAAAAAGGAAGCUGAGGAAGAGUACAGGAAUUCCAUGCCUGCAUCCAGUUUCCAACAGCAGAAGCUGCGAGUCUGCGAGGUCUGUUCAGCCUACCUUGGUCUCCAUGACAAUGACCGUCGUCUUGCAGACCACUUCGGGGGCAAGUUACACUUAGGGUUCAUUCAGAUCCGCGAGAAGCUUGAUCAGUUGAGGAAAACUGUGGCUGAAAAGCAGGAGAAGAGAAAUCAGGACCGACUGAGGCGGAGAGAGGAGAGGGAGCGGGAGGAGCGACUGAGCAGGAGGUCUGGAUCAAGAACCAGAGAUCGCAGGAGGUCACGCUCCCGGGACCGGCGUCGGAGGCGGUCAAGAUCUACCUCCAGAGAGCGCCGAAAGUCGUCCCGGUCCCGGUCCCGAGACAGACACCGGCGCCACCGCAGCCGUUCCCGGAGCCACAGCCGGGGCCACCGCCGGGCUUCUAGGGACCGGAGUGCGAAAUACAAGUUCUCCAGAGAGCGGGCGUCGAGGGAGGAGUCCUGGGAGCACGGGCGGAGCGAGCGGGGGGCUGCGGAUUGGAGGCUGGAGAGCUCCAACGGGAAGAUGGCUCCUCGGAGGUCGGAGGAGAAGGAGGCUGGCGAGAUCUGAACUCACGACUGGGCGCUGUAAAUAUUCUGAUGAACGACACAGCCGAAAGUUAUUCUUUAUAUUUGCUGAAUACAACUCAUCUUUUGUAGUUUAAAAUUUCUAUUGUUUUGGAGCUAGCUGUGUUUCUAGAGAUGUACAGAGUUGCUCCUGUGUUCUGGGGUUCUGUUGAGUAGGAAUAAAUAAAUGUGACAGGCUGCCUCCUGA